AUCAUAAAUAUUGGAUAAUAAUAAUAAUAAUAAUAAUAAUAAUUUAAAUAUACAUUCAAUUGAUAGUACUAUUAGUAGUACUUAUAGUAGUAGUAAUAGUAGUAGUAAUGUUCAAACUGAUGAUCCGUUAAUAACCGUAAAUCCCAGAAAACCACCGGCGCUUGAGUUGACACGUUUGGUAACAAUUGAUCCGAUGGUAUGUAGGGGUGGGCACAACAUCACUAUAUUCAUAAUGAGUGGCAAUGGAAACGGUUAUUACCAGAGAAGACAACAGCUACGGAAGGGAUGGGUGGGUGCUGUCCGACAAAACAUGAUUGAUGUCUGGUUUGUUUUGGGACUCAGUAGUCAUAGUAAUGAUAAUAAUAAUAAUAAAGAGCUGCUGACCGGAGAAGCGGACAGUUAUCACGAUUUAAUACAAUUUGGUUUUCUGGAUGACUAUUUAAAUCUAACAUUGAAAACCAUUGCAACCCUUGGUUGGCACCGUAGGUAUUGUCCGGACAGUAGAUUACUGUUCAAAUUGGAUGACGACGUCUUUGUCAAUGCAGACAAACUGUUGGAUGUAUUGCCUGAACUGAUGGCCGGGUUAUCGGCGACGGGAGAGCCGGGUAUUGGCGGACAACUUAACUAUGUGUUGGACGUCGUACGCGACAAUACAAGCAAAUGGUAUGUCCCUCAAGAGUAUUACCAACCGGCCGAAUAUCCGUCAUAUCCGACUGGUUCGGCAUAUUUCAUGGACAACCUGAGCCGCGAUCGACUAUUGGACAGUGUGUUUGACCAGUCGUCGUCCGAUAGUAGAUAUAUACAACUACCCGAAGAUGCUUUUAUGUGCGGAAUUGUGGCCAAUAGGACAGGUGUUCGCCGAUUUGAUAGUCCGCUAAUAGUUGUCGGCGACUAUUGUAAAUGUUUAGCUAAAUUACAUACCGUUCCCAUACAUUUUGCAUGUAAUCCCUGGGAAACGUGGCUUAAGUUUAUUAAUUCUCCAAUAAUUUCUGCAAAUCUAUCGUAUGUUGAUUGCGACUAA